CCGGCCCAAAAUAAUCAACGCUAUAUAAACUUACCAAAACCCUAACCCUAAGCUUUAUUAUACCUGCUCACCGCCAGAGGCGAACCGAAGAGCUAAAAAACCCGCAGUUCAGCAACCGGGGAGCACUCAUUCGACAAGUCCGCCAUGGGUAAGGUUCAUGGAUCUUUAGCUCGUGCCGGUAAGGUGAGAGGUCAAACACCUAAAGUGGCUAAGCAAGACAAGAAGAAGAAGCCCCGUGGCCGCGCUUACAAGAGGAUGCAAUACAACCGUCGUUUCGUCACCGCAGUGGUCGGAUUCGGCAAAAAGAGGGGACCUAACUCAUCUGAGAAGUAAGAACUAUGCAAUUUAAAAAAGUUAUUGUUUGAAGCUUUUAUGGAUUUAUUCUGUAUUUUUCCCUGUUUUUUUGUAAUGUUUUAUGAUACUUAUUUUUAUCCACUGGUAGUAAGGAUCACGUUGAACUUGAAGUUUUGUUAGCUAAAUAUUAUGUGAUUUUGAUAUUAGUUAAGCUUAA